AUAAUUCAUUUGAUUUCAAGAGCAAGGCGAAGGUGCCGCGUCAAAUAAAAUUAUUUAAUUUUAACUUUAUUUAACGUUUUUGUUAAUACAUAUUAUGACUUGAAGUCGAUAUUGAAUAUAUCAACAAAUCAAAAUGUUUGGUCGAGUAAUACGAUACGGACUGUACGGGAGUGUAGCUUUAGGAAGUGGUGCAAUAGUGUACAGUGAUGAUAUUGCUAUCACGCGAGUCUCCAGAGCUGCUAUUACAGCUAUCGAUAUUGGGAGGACGUACAAAUCCAUGCUGUAUAGCAAGGAGUGGGACAAAACUUCCAAAGAAUACAUAGAGUUAAAAAAACAAGCACACCAAAUUGGCGCGGAGAAAUUGCUCAAACUAUGUAAAACAAAUAAAGGAGUGUAUAUAAAAGUUGGUCAACAUAUCGGCGCUUUGGACUACUUGUUACCUAGUGAAUAUGUGAUGACGAUGCGUGUGUUGCAUAAAGAUGCCCCUCAGAACACCUUGGAUGAAUUAUACAAAGUUAUUCGAGAGGACCUCAAAAAGGAUCCAGAAGAAUUGUUUGAUGAAUUUGAGACCGAACCUCUCGGCACCGCAUCACUGGCUCAGGUCCAUAAAGCCAAACUAAAAGAUGGCACGGAAGUGGCAGUCAAAGUACAACACUUCUUUCUAGAUAAAACCAUCAAAACUGAUAUGAAAUGUAUGGAAGUUAUUAUAAAUGUUAUGUCCAAAGUCUUCCCUGAAUUCCAAAUGCAAUGGCUAGUGGAUGAAACCAAAAAGAAUAUUCAGAAAGAAAUAGAUUUUAUUCAAGAAGGACAGAAUGCUGAAAGGGUUGCUGAUAUGUUCAAGAACUAUUCUUGGUUAAAAGUGCCCAAGAUCUACUGGGACUAUUCUACUAAAAGGGUUCUUGUAAUGGAGUACUGCCACGGAGGGCAGGUUAAUGAUAUUGAAUAUGUAAAACAUCACAAAAUAGAGCCCUUUGACCUGUGUCGUAAAAUAGGCGAUCUAUUUUCGCACAUGAUCUUUGUGGAAGGAUUUCUGCACAGUGACCCACACCCCGGCAACAUCCUUGUGAGGAAGGAGCCCGGAGACAAGCAUGUCACUGUCACGCUGCUGGACCAUGGUUUGUAUGCUAACUUAACUGAAAAGUUCCGCUACCACUACUCCAAGCUAUGGCUGUCCAUCAUAUCCCGGGACAAGGAGGAGAUGUCUGUGCACGCGGAGCAGCUGGGCAUCCGCAAGGAGUUGUACAUCCUGUUCGCGUGCAUGGUCACCGGCCGGCCUUGGGAGAGCAUCCUCAAGGGCAUCGACCGCACCAAGCCCACUUCCAGUGAGAAAUCCCAAUUCCAAGACGAGCUGCCCCACUUCCUUCACUACGUGACCGAGUGCCUGGAAACAGUGGACCGGCAGGCGCUGCUGGUGCUGAAGACCAACGACCUCAUCCGCAGCAUCGAGCACGCGCUCGGCACGAGGGAGCACAUGGUCGGCUUCCAGGUCAUGUCCAAGUGCUGCAUGAAGAGUAUUUAUAACUUGGAGUAUAAGCAACAAAAUUCAUUGUGGCGGCGCUGGCUACUGAGCGUCAACUACACCAUGUCCAUAUUCAUGCUCUACAUAUACGGAGUGUAUCUAGGAAUAGUGAAAACAAUCCAGGAGAAACCAAAUGAAACUACAAAGCCAACAUUUCAAACGGAUGCUAAGGGAAGAGUCAUUCUGUAGAACGCACUUUUAUACUAGGUAAUUUUAUUCGUACGUACAAUAUUUUAGCUUCCAUUUAAUUGCAUUUAGAAUCUAAGUACAGUUGUAUUCAGUCAAUAACUACGCAUAUUUUUAUAGGACUAUGAUUAAGGUAUUUAUUUCCCUUAAAUUAUUCUGCAAUGUCGAUAGGUAUAAAUAACGGUGAAAAUGGUUGUAUCUAUGAAAUAUGUAGUUUUAGUAUCAAUGUGUUGUCUAUACAAAAAGCUAACGUUAGUGCCUAAAUUUUUACUUCUUUAGUAACAAAGAGGGUACCUACUUAAGGUGCUAUAAAUGUUGUUUAAUAUGGUUAUUGAUAUUUUAGUAAAAUUAUGAUAAUGUAACUAGAUUGGACAUUAAAAUUUGUCUGAUGGUAUUGACUAGUACCAUAAUCUCUAGUCCAGUCCAAUAUUACCUCAAACUGACUAUGUGUAAGCUAUCUGUACAGUAGGAAAUUAUGUUGUGUAUAUUUGUUGCAAACCAAUCAAUGUUAGAUAAUUAUAAUAUCCCUUGCACUCUAAUAUAUUGAGAUGAAAGUAUAUUUUUAAUACAUAAAUCAAGGUAAUUAAUUAUUGUUGACAACGUUUUGAUGAAAUGUUUUUACGUACGUAGCAGAUAGGUAUUAAAUAAUUUUCUAAUGAAAUACGAAAUAAAAACAACAUCUUCAA